AUGUCUGUCUGUUUCUCAAAAGCCGUUCCAGAGCCCCAGCCAUUCCAGAGCCCCAACCGUCCAGAGCCCACCGUUCAGAGCCCCCAGCAUUCCAGAGCCCAGCCCGAUGUCCAGAGCCCAGCCAUUCCAGAGCCCAACGUUUCCAGAGCCCCCAGCCGUUCCAGAGACCGCCAGCCAUUCACGAGCCAAGCCGUUCUCAGAGCCCACCGUCCAAGCCCAACCUUCAUCCAGCAUCAGAGCCCCCAACCGUUCCAGAGCCCCAGCCGUUCCAGAGCCCCACCGUAUCUCCAAGAGCCAUACCGUCUCAGAGCCCACCGUUCCAAGAGCCCCAGGCGUCUCCAGAGCCCAGCCAUUCAGAGCCCCAGACCGUUCCAGAGCCCCAGCCGUUCCAGAGCCCCAAACCGUUCCACGCGAGCCUACCACGUUCCAGAGCCCCAGCCGUUCCAGAGCCCAGCCGUUCCAGAGCCCCGCAGGCCCGUUCCAGAGCCCCACGUUCCAGAGCCCCAAGCCGUUCCAGAGCCCAGCGUUCAGAGCCCACCGUUCCAGAGCCCCAGCGUUCCAGAGCAGGCGUUCCCAGAGCCCAACCGUUCCAGAGCCCCCAGCCGUUCCAAGCCCCAGGCGUUCCAAGAGCCCAACCGUUCCAGAGUCCCGAGCCGUUCCAGAGCCCCAGCCGUUCCAGAGCCCCAGCGUUCAGAGCCCCAUCCGUCCAGUCCCCCAUCCAACAGCCGUCGACCAGCCCUUCAGAGCCGUUCCAGAGCCCCAAAACCGUUCCAGAGCCCAGGCGUUCCAGAGCCCCAACCGUUCCAGAGCCCCAGCCGUUCAGAGCCCCAACCGUUCAGAGCCUACCGUUCCAGAGCCCCAGCCGUUCCAGAGCCCGCAGCCGUUCCAGAGCCCCAGGCGUUCCAGAGCCCCAACCAUUUCCCGGAGCCCCCAGCCGUUCCAAGACCCCAGGCCGUUCAGAGCCCCCAGCCGUUCCCAGAGCCCAACAUCUCCAGAGCCCAGCCUCCAGAGGCCCAGGCGUCCAGAGCCCAACCGUUCCAGAGUCCCAGCCGUACCAGAGCCCAGCCGCGGCCAGCCCGCCGUUCAGACCCCAACCGUUCCAGAGCCCAGGCGUUCCAGAGUCCGGCAGCCGGGUCAGAGGCCCAGCCGUUCAGAGCCCAACGUUCCAAGAGCCUACCGUUGCCAGAGCCCCAGCCGUUCCAGAGCCCAGCCGUUCCAGAGCCCCAGGCAGUUCCAGAGCCAAGCCAAUUCCAAGCCCGCAGCCGUUCCAGAGCCCUCCGCGUCCCAGAGCCCCAGCGUUUUCCAGAGCCCCCAACCGUUCCAGAGCCCAACCGUUUCAGAGCCCCCAGGCGUUUCCAGAAGCCCCGGAUGCCGUCAGAGCCCAACCGUUCCAGCAGCCCAAGGCGUUCCAGAGUCCCCAGCCGUUCCAGAGCCCCAGCACGGUUCCACAGAGUUUAG